AUGACUAAGAAGCAAUUAACGCAAGAAGAUCGCAAUUUUGCAAAAGCAUAUAGACUUUUUAAGGAGAUACCGGGUGCAAUGGCUUACUAUGACGCGUUUUUUAAUAAAACAGUUGAAAUAGUAAAAUCAAAACUAAAUUAUAAAGAGCUGAAGGAAGAAUUAGAACAUUUAAGAGAAGAGAACGCACAAUUAAAACAAUCAUCAUCACCUGGUAUUGACACGACUGGUGGAUAUGGAAGACAAAAACAGCAAUCACAAUCAUCAAGUAACCCUAAUGUUAAAGCAGAAAUGGAUAAAUUAACUAAACUUAAUGAUGAAAGCACAAAGAAAGUUCAAGAAUUACAAGCAGAACUUGAUAAAUAUAAGAAUGCAUUAUUAGGUAAAGGUAAUGAAAGUGAGGUUUUAGUAACAAACUUGAAGAAAGUUGAAGCUGAAAAGAAUGCAUUACAAUCUCAAAUUACAAAACUGUCAGAGGAAAAUACAGAAUUAAACCAUAAAGUUAAUGAAAUGUCCAUGAAAUUGAAAUCACUUGAUAAAGCAAACGAAGCAAAUAAAAAUGCUUCACAAGAAUAUAUUAACAAGAUUGAAUUACAAAUUUAUAACACAAGUGAUAUAAUUAUUGAAUUAAUUACAAAAGUUUUAACAGUAGUUGGUGCAUCACAAGAAGAUUUUGAGAGAAAUAACAACACAUUUGAACAAACCAAAAAUGACAGAUUGAAUCUUACAACUUAUGCAAGUUAUGCUAAGGAAGAAAUUUUGGAUAAAAUUAGAGGUCUCAAAAACAUUGCAAAAGAAUUUGUUGAAGAUAUUGAUAUGAAACUUAUUGAACAAUUACUUGAAUUCGCAAACACUGUUGGUUACAAAGAACUUUCUGGUGAAAUUGCUAGUAUUAAGAGUAGUCUUGAGAAUGCUGAUUUCUUAAAUAACACAGAUGCUUUUCAAUUAGCUCAACCUAUUCUUAAUCUAAAUGAAGUGACAUUACAAACUGCUAAAAAUGAAUUUUCUAACUUAAAAGAUUUUGUAAAUAAUAUGAUAGAUAAUAAUGCAAAACAAGGUGCAGCAAUUACUAACAAAUUAUCCAAUAAGGCUGAUUAUGAUCAAGUGAAUGAUUCACUUAAAACAAUUUUCGAAACUUUGUACCAAUGGUUAUUGGAUAAAGCUGACGAAGUAAAAGAAUUACAAGAAAAUGUUCAACAAAAUGCUAAUAUUGAUGUUGAUGCAUUUCAAUCUAAAAUUGAUGAACUCACCAAUCAUUUAACUACGAUACAACAGAAAUUAAUUGAAUAUUUAGAUGUUGAAUUCAAGAGCAUUGAUCUCAAUACAGCAACAAGAAUUAAAUCAUAUUUUGAACGAUUAAUUUCAAAUGAUGAACCAAUUCUGAACCAAGUUGAGUUCGUUCUAAAUAUGUUUGCAAAUAAUUUAGCAGUUGCACGAAAGAAAUUAAGUUCAAUCGAUCAAGAGAAACGUUAUGUUCAAGGUGAAUACCUGGGUAUUUCUUUCAAUGAAAUUGCAUUACAUAACUUUGCAAAAUCAUUACAACAAUCUUAUGCUCUUUUACUUGCAAAUGAUAAAACUGAAGUAAUCAACUAUCAUUAUUAUUCAGUUGCUUCACAAAAGAUGAUGAAAGUAUUAAUGGAUGAAUAUUCAGAAGAACAAUUUGCAUUGAAAGUUCAAUUCACAAAUGGUGGAAUGUAUUACAUUGAGUUACAUUAUGGUGAAACAGUAUUUCCAUUUUAUAUCACUGAGGAUAUGAAAGAUGUAUUUACAUUCUUUAUUCAACAAGUUAUUUCAGCUAAUUUCAUUGUUGGAACAGAUGUGGCUGUAAAUUUAGCUGAGGAAAUUAAUAAUUUACCUGAUGAUAAUGAAAUAAAAAUAAGAAUGAAUCAGAUUAGCGAGAAUGUGGAAUGGAAUAAAGUUGAUGAAGAUGGAAACAUUAUAGAACAAAACAAUGGUGAACUCCAUUAUGGAACAUUUGGUGGAGAAAAUGAUAAUGAAUUUGGUGACAUUAUUGAUGAAUGGGGAAACGUAAUUACUCCUGUCGAAGAUAGACCGGAUAUUGAACGAGAAGAAGCUGAAGGACGACGAGAUGGAAAUGGUCAUUUGGUUGAUAAUGAUGGAAAUAUUAUUGAAUAUGCAUGGCAACAAGGUCUUGUACCAGAUGGAGAUGAAAACUGGGUUGAUCAGGAUGGAAAAGUUGUCGUUCCUGCAGGUUAUCAAUUAGAUGAAAAUGGAUUCCCUAUUUACUAA